UCAUUUUUAGAGGAAGAGAAGAGAAAGAGGAGCACAUAAUAACCCUCAAACUCCAUUUCACUCACAGAAAAAUAGAGAUAUAGAGAGAGAAAGUGCUGCAGAAUACACACAUACACCACUUCUUCAAGAGAGAGAGGUGUGUGAAGGAAAAUAAGAACUGAAAGAAAAAUUGUUUUGCAAAGGAAGAUAUGAAACUUUGCAAAUUUAACAACUGAGAAAGAAGAUCUGUGAUUUCUCUCUCUCUUUUUGUUGUUGUUGUUGUUUGCAGAGAAAAUCACACAAACGCACACACACACACACACACACACACACCCUUCUUCGUGUCUGAAUUUUUAUCAUUGACAAUUUUUUCACAAAGGGUUGUUGUCUCUUCAGAGAGACACAGAUCUUGAGGUUGGAGGCAAAAUCCUUCACACACUUUGGUGGUUAUGGAAACAGAAGAGAGGAACCAGAAAGAUUGCAAGGCUUCGGAGCCAGAGUUUUUCUUGCAGUGGGGGAACAGGAAGAGGCUGAGAUGUGUGAGGGUGAAGGACCCUCGGAUUUCAGCGAGGCUCAACGGUGGAAUCAGAAGGAAACUUGGUUCUGCAAUGGAGCAUCAUCGCUCUGGCCUCACUGUGCCAGAAAAAGAACAUCAUCACCAUCAUCAUCAUCAACAACUUAAUCGCCUUACAAGGAAUUCCGACGGGGCGAUUCUCCGGUCAUCGGCCGGCGAGACAAGGAAAUCGGCGUCGCCGGAGAAGGAGGACCGGUACUACACGACGCGGGGUUCGGCGGAGGAGAACGGCAAGGUCACCGGCGGCGAAGGCAUCAACGGCGAAGAACGAGCCCUAGUUUGGCCCAAGCUCUACAUCACUCUCUCAAGCAAGGAGAAAGAGGAAGAUUUUCUGGCCAUGAAGGGUUGCAAGCUUCCUCAGCGACCCAAAAAGAGGGCCAAAAUCAUUCAAAGAAGCUUACUUUUGGUGAGUCCCGGGGCGUGGUUGACUGAUAUGUGCCAAGAGAGAUAUGAAGUUAGGGAGAAGAAAAGUAACAAGAAGAGACCAAGAGGUUUGAAGGCUAUGGGAAGCAUGGAAAGUGAUUCUGAAUGAAUGAUAUGAUGGAAAGAAAGAAAAAAAAAAUCAAUUGAGCGGAUCCACAAGAAGGGGGAAGAAGGAAGCCCUUUUAAGAAGCAUGAAGAAGAAAUGUUUUGGAGAUGGUGAUGAUGAUGAUGAUGUUGUUUGAAUUGAUGAAUGGUGAAGAUAAUGAUGAUUCAAGUUUUUUUUAUAUUUGUGUGGCAUGUAUGUUGCCCCCUCAAUGUUUUUUUGUAAACGAGUAAGAUUCGAUCCGAUCCAAUCCAUUUCAAUUAAUUAAGCAAAAAUAUUUUCUCACCUUCA